AUGAGUUUCGGGUUGAGCUUCGGAGACCUCGUCUCAGUUGUGACUCUGGCCAAUAAACUUCGAAAGGACUUUGUUGGCGCGCCAAUUCAAUUCAACAGUAUUUCCAGAGAGGUGAGAACUCUGGCAAUCAUCCUCCAAGAUGUUGACGUGCAACAGCCGGACUUUGAUAUGGAUGAUCACCACCACAAGCAAUUGGAACAAAUCAGUCACAGUUGUUGGACUCUGCUGAAAGAGCUUGAAGUUGCAAUCGGGAAAUAUAAAGUCAUUGAAUAUUGCGGCACGUCGCUACAUAAAAAGGCCCGGAGUAUUUGGAAGAGGAUUUCAUGGGAGCCCAAAGAGAUUGCCGGCCUGCGAGAUCGGUUAUUAAGUAAUGUGACAUUGCUACGGGCGUUUUUAAAUGCCGUAUCCAGCCAAACGAUGGCUGCGACAAAAAAGACCUUAGAGCAGCUCAACCAGCGACAAGGCAGCCAUGAAGAUAGUUUCAUUCUCGACUGGCUGACACCGGUCGAUUACGCUUGCCAGCAAAGUGAUUUCCUGAGUCGACGACAAGCAGGGACAGGGCAGUGGCUUCUUGCUUCAAAAGAGUAUACGGACUGGCUUCAUACUCGCCAAGCUACUCUCUUUUGUCCAGGGAUACCAGGUGCAGGGAAGACAAUAUGCUCUGCUAUCGUGAUUGACGAUUUGACUACGCGUUUUGAGGACAACUCGGAUGUCGGCAUAGCUUAUAUUUAUUGCAACUACAAUCGACAAGAUGAGCAAGAUGCACCUGCCUUGCUUUUGAGUCUGCUGAAACAGUUGGCCCAGCGGAAAUCGUCUGUACCGGAUGUGGUGAAAGAACUUCAUAGGCGGUACAAAACUACAUCGACGCGUCCACAAUUUGGCGAUAUAUCGAAAGCUCUCCACUCCGUUGCAUCCACUUAUUCUUAUGUGUUCAUUGUUGUUGAUGCUCUCGAUGAGUGCCAAUCGACUUGCCGCGCAAGGUUUCUGGCUGAGAUCAUGAAGAUGCGUGAUGAUGCUGGACUGAAUAUUCUUGCCACGUCGAGGCCUACAGAGAUAUACAAUAUUUUCAAAGGCGGUAGCUGUCUCGAAAUCCGUGCCAAUGACGAUGACGUUCGACAAUAUCUUGAGGGUAACAUGUUCCGGCUCCCGGGAUUUGUGACCCGGAACCUCGCAUUGCAAGAGGAAAUCAUAGCCGUCGUCUCAGGCCAUGUACAGGGGAUGUUUCUACUUGCGCAGCUCCAUUUUGAGUCAUUGAUUGGCAGAAGGUCAGCUAAGUCUGUUCGGGCGGCUCUGAGAGAGCUUUCGCAGGGCUGCAAUGAAUAUGCAUACGACGAUGCCUAUGACAAGGCAAUCAAGCGCAUUCAAGGGCAGUUCACAGAGCAGACCGAAUUGGCAAUACAAACCCUUUCUUGGCUCACAUGUGCAAGAAGACCCCUCAAUUCAUUGGAGCUUCAGCAUGCACUUGCGAUAGAAAGAGGAGAAUCGGCCCUCGACGAAGAGAAUAUUUCAGAAAUUGAGGACAUAAUUGCUGUGUGCGCUGGCCUUGUCACCGUUGAAAACGAGAGUGGGAUCAUUCGACUGGCUCAUUAUACGACGCGGGAAUACCUCGAGCGGAAGAAGCCAUCAAUUUUCCCCAAUGCCGAAAAUGAAAUCAGCAGUCUAUGUGUCACUUACCUUUCAUUUGAUAUAUUCGGAUCUGGAAGUCGCAACAGCGACGAAGCGUUUGAGGCGCGUUUGAGAUCAUAUCCGUUCUACUCGUACGCGGCAGACCACUGGGGUGACCAUGUGAGAUUGGCAGGCGAUUUACAGUCUGGUGUUAUCGAAUUCCUGCUAGACGAGCCGAAGGUUGAGGCUGCCGUGCAAGCAAAACGUGCCCCGUCGAGACCCUUGGAGGAGAAGAAUUGGAGCCAGAAAUUUCCGAAAGGCCUGAAUGGAUUUCAUCUCGCUGCCUUGUUCGGAAUUGAAGCAGUCGUGACCUACUUCUUGGAACAGCGGUAUCCCGUGGAUCAAACAGACAACAGGAACUGGACACCAUUGAUGUAUGCGAUCUCAUAUGACCAACUGAAUGUGCCGCGUAUACUUCUUUCCCACGGAGCAAAUCCGAACGGAGCAGCAGAUGAUGAGAGCAGUACCCCACUUUCAAUUGCGGCCAAAAGUGGACAAAACAUUACCGUCAGGCUUCUACUUGAGAAGGGGGCCGACGUUGAUGGUCCGUGUGGAGGAUGGGAUGGGACUCCCCUGAUCAGUGCGUGUGAAAGUGGCCAGCUGGAAACUGUGGAGAUCUUGCUCCAGAGCAACGCAAAUAUCAAUGCCGAGAGUGAGAUGUACGCUAGCCCUUUGGAAGCUGCCGCUCAGGCGGGUCACUGGGAAGUAGUAACUUUCUUACUUGAAAAGGGCGCCGAUCCAGAUUCCCAAAAGGAUGGUGUGGAAACAGCUUUGCAAGCAGCGGCAUAUCAAGGCCAGAGGGAUAUGGUGCUCACCCUGUUGAAUUAUCACGCGGAUAUCAACCGAGAGGGUGGGAUGUGGGGAACCGCUCUUAUAGCGGCCUGUGUGGGCCAGCAUGAGGAAAUAGUACGACUUCUCCUGGACAACGGUGCCGACAUCAACGCGGCAGCUGGAGGGCACGGCACCGCUCUCCAAGCGGCAUCAAAAAAUGGUGAUCAGAAGCUCGUGAAAAUGCUCCUAGAGAACGGUGCCAAUGUCAAUGCCGAACAUGGGCAACACGGUACAGCACUAAUCGUUGCUACUACAAAAGGAGAGUUUGAUACAGUGAAACUAUUGCUUGACAACGGAGCCGACGUUCACGGUCGUGGCAGGAUUCAUGGGACUGCCUUGCAUGCAGCCGCCGGGUUGGGCAAUGUUCAAAUAGUGCAGCUGCUUCUUGCCCGAGGUGCCGACAGUACUAUUCGUGCUGGCAUUUACAAAACACCCCUUCGAGCAGCGGCGUUGAGAGGCCAUCAGGGUGUCGCCUCAAUUCUCAAAAGUCAGGGGCAGCCCUUGAAAGUCUGA